UACAUUAUAUGUUUUACCUUUCCCGCUAAAUAAUUAUAACUCACCUUUCCUCUGAUCAACUCCACCAUUACGAAUACGUGGGAGGAAAACGGCAUCAUGUCUAUAUCCAACUCCCUCAAAGCCAUCGAUUCUUCAUUUUCUCAAUACACAUCAAUAAUCGACGAAUGCAUAAAAACCAGAAACAUCAAACUUGGGAGAACCCUUCAUUCACACCUCAUUAAAACAGCUCUUAAUCUCAACGUAUUCCUUGCUAAUCGUCUCAUAGAUAUGUAUGCAAAAUGUAAUUCAGUCAAAUGUGCCGAAAGUGCUUUUGAUGAUGCCCCAGUAAAGAAUUCUCAUUCCUGGAAUACAAUUUUCUUCGCGUAUUCCAAAUUGGGGUUUUUUGGUAAAGCUCGUGAAGUGUUCGACAAAAUGCCGAACCCAAAUCUUGUUAGUUAUAAUUCUAUGAUAUCUGGUUUGACUAAAAAUGGGUUUCAUUUAGAAGCAUUAGAUGUUUUUAAGAAAAUGUAUAGUCAGAGUGGUGCUAUGUUAAUCGAUAAUUAUACGUUUGUUGGUGUGGUUACUGCUUGUACGGGUUUGGGAGAAUUGGAGUUGGUAAGACAGGUUCAUGGACUUGUAAGUGUAAUGGGAUUGGAUAUGAAUCUCAUUAUGUAUAAUGCCUUGAUUGACGCGUAUGGGAAAUGUUAUGACCCUGAUUCGUCGAGUUUGCUUUUUAACCAAAUGCCAGAAAGGGAUGUUGUGUCAUGGACUUCGAUGGUUGUUGCUUAUGCACUGGCAUCUAGAUUAGAGGACGCUCGUUCAGUGUUUGAUCAGAUCCCUGUUAAGAAUACUGUGUCAUGGAAUGCUUUGAUAGCCGGGUUAGCUCAAAAUGGGCAUGGAGAGGAGGCAUUGGAUCUCUUUAAGAACAUGCAGGAUCUGGGAGUUGCACCUAAUGCCUUUACGUUUGUUAGCGUUAUGAGUGCUUGUGCAGAUCUAGCACUUAUUGGAAGUGGUAAGCAGAUACAUGGGCACAUUAUUAGAAUGAGUAGUAGCAGAGGAGAAUUGCUUAAUUUAUUCACAUUCAAUGCUUUAAUUGACAUGUAUUCAAAGAGUGGAGACAUGAAAUCGGCUAGUAUACUGUUUGAUCAGAUGCCAGAUAAGGAUAUCGUUUCUUGGAAUUCACUAGUAACUGGGCUUGCUCAGAAUGGGUUUGCAAAAAAGUCACUAGAUGUGUUUGAGAGGCUGACUGAAGUGGGUGACAUGCCGUUAAAUCAUAUCACAUUUCUUGGUGCUUUAUCUGCUUGUAGCCACAUGGGUUUAGUAUCGGAAGGACAGCGUAUCUUUCAGCUAAUGGGAAAAUAUGGUGUACGUCCAAGGUCAGAACACUAUGCUCUUCUGAUAGAUAUGCUCGGAAGAAAUAAUAAACUUGAGGAAGCAGUGAAAUUUGUUGAGACUGCACCUAGUAAAUUGGAUCGUUGUGGGAUGUGGGCUGCACUUCUGGGUGCAUGUCGUGUCCAUGGAAACUUGGAUAUUGCAAGGAAGGCUGCAGAAGCUUUAUUUGAGUUGGAACCUCGAAAUAGUGGGAGAUAUGUGUCUUUAUCCAACAUUUAUGCUGCAACUGGCAGGUGGGAUGAUGCUCGUCGAGUAAGGAAUCUUAUGAAAGAGAGGAGUUUGGAAAAAGAAGUUGCUUAUAGUUGGAUAGAGGUCAGAAGUCAGAGACAUGGGUUCGUGGCUAAAGACAAAUAUCACUGUCAAAUGGAAGAGAUAUAUAAUAUAGCCAGUGAACUUGUGAGCCACAUGGAGGCAGGAUAUGGAUCCUCUAAAGAUUCAUUUGAGCAUGAAGCACUUUUUGCUUAUUAAACUCGAUCUAAGUUAUGCUUUUGUAACCAUUCAUGUCUCUCCUUUAUCAAACCACAGUGCUCACAUGCAGAUGACACCCUUGUGAUGGUAUUGCUGUUUGAUGUCACAACUUCAUUUGCUUCAGUACCACAACUAAUUGGCAUCCCAUGCCCACUGGGAAGUUUGGAAGAUACAGAGAGGCUGAAAUUGAACCAGCUCAAGCAGUAAGAUUGUAGCUAAUUGACUAGGAACCUUCUUUAACCAAGUAAAUAAAUUUUGUCGGGUGACUUUAUUUUACCCAACUCGUAUUAACAGUACUACAGGUAUUUGACCAUUUAUCUUAUUCUAGAUGUUUUCUUCUUCUGGAGUUUCAAAGGCAUAUAUGGAGUAGGACUGGAGUCCCUGUGCUUCAUCCUGAUCAGGCUUUAGUUUCAGUGACUUGGAUCUCCAUCUAGGCCUCCCAGGAAUCGAACUUGAAUGCGGUAAACCGUACAUAUAUCGACAUGAUAAGAUGCUAGGAAAGCUUCAUAUUACUCAGAGGCAUCUAGGGAAUAGGACUGGGGGUGCUGUGCUUCAUCCUGAUCAGGUGUUCGUGUCAGUGACUUGGCUCUCCAUGUGGGCCUCAGGUGGUCUUAAAUGGAAUUGAACUUGAAUGUGGUAAACCGUACAUAUGCCGACAUGAUAAGAUGCUAGGAAAGCUUCAUAUUACUCAGGCAGCUUUAGUUAGCUGGGGUCAUGUCUGGGCAUUGAGUACAUAUUGGUGUGCUGUUCAGGUUAAGGUUGGGAGUCAGAACCCAAUCCUUAUAUGCAAGUUUGUCAGAAAUAGUUUGAUAGAGUCAAUUUCUUUAGAUUUGGAGUUUGAUGAGGGGGAAGAUGACAUUGUUUUUGAACUAUUGAGCACUGGUUGUAAAGUGCAUCUUACUGGUUACCAUGAUAAAAAUGGUAAUGGCAGAGAUCAAGGUGUUGUUGAAAAGAGAAUAGUAAAAGAAGGAACCGGUACCUUCUUAAAAUGGCCACGAUGAAGAAGUGAAGAAUAAAAAUGGCGACUCAAACUCUAAAUAAAGAUAGAUUUGAAGUUUUAGCAUGUUGGAAGAUGAUUGGAUUUGUUGGUGAAUGGUUUGUUUAGAGUCACUGUUACUGUUUACCUUAUUUGGUUUCUCUGUUAUCAAGCUGUAAUUGUGUCUGUUGGGCUGUCAAGCUUGUUAAAUUUCUGUUUGAGAGUCCUGGUAUUAGCUUUACACAAAGUUGUGCUUCAUUCUACGGGAUCAAGUAGUAUACAAUUUAUUUAUUUGAAUGUUA